AUGAGUAUAGACACACACAGGAGAGGCAGGGCUGCACCUGAACCAGGGUUCACGCUGUGCCUCCUCGCAUCAGAGAAGGAGCCAGUUAGCAGGGGAUCAAGCAGAUCUGUGAGAGCCCGGGGCCGCUCCACUCCCCCAGCGAAGCUGACACACGACAGCCACUGGGCCUCCUGGGCAGGGACCCCCUUGGCCUCGGCAGCUGCUCUUGCCGCUGGUGACAUUUCACUCCAUGAGCAUCCUGGCUUCAAAGUCUCUGCAGGCAUUGUGGGGGUGGGGGGUGUUGGAGAGGCUGGGCUGGGGGAGGGCUCCAGAGUGGGGCCACAGGAGGAGGACCGAGCAGCCAGGAGUCAGCCGGAGGCUUCAGCUGAAGUAUAUGGUCCCGACGGGUUGGGAGCAGCUACCCCCAGCCCUCAGGCACAAGGGACAUAG